AUGACCACCACAACACCCACAACACUAACACCAUCCUCCCUCAACUCUCGCGAAACUCUCUACCGCAAUGUCGCACUCGGCGCCGUGAUAGUCUGCCCGAUAAUAAUCCUCCUCCCCCCGCGCAAAAUCGACAUCUACACCGUCGCCCUCACAGCCGGGUUCUACGCCGGCGGCAACCACCUCACGGCGCACUACACGGGCACCAGCAUCGCCCAGCGCUGCGCAAACAGGAUACAGAGCUUAUCUAGCGAUGAGCUCCCGCCAAAAGCUCUGGAGUCACAGCGGAGGCUGAAGGAGGAAAGGGAGAGAAGGGAUGCGAAGGCUUUAGCUGCUACUACUACUACUCCUACUGCUGUUGUGAGGAGGGAUAAGACUGGGGAUGAUAACGGUGUGGUGCUAGCAGAGAUUAGGAGGAAGGAAGCAGAGGAUGGGAGUAGGGAGAAAGGGUUGUUGGAGAAGGUUUGGAUGGGUGGUGAGGGGCCGGAUUGGAAGGCGAAGAGGGAUCAGAGGGAGAAGGAGGCGUUAGAGGAGGGGAGGGGGUAUGGUGGCUUGAUUAUGGAUCAGAUCUGGGAGGUGUGGAGUUGGACGAAGGAUAAAGCUGAGGAGGUUAAGGAGGUUGAUGAAAAGGUUAUACGGGAGGGAAAGGAGGGUAGGAAAUAA